UAAAACGCUUUUUAAAACACUACCGGAAACUUUGAAAUGGGAGCAGUCAAUGAAUUUUCGAUGGUCACUUGAGUUAAAACUCUGGUUUCAGAUAUUUCACAGGAAUUCGACCAUGACUGAACUCAGCCUGAACUGUUUACAUGUCGGUGUGACUUCAGCGGGUAAGAAUGUUUACCCAGUAUGCAACACGUGGGAAGAGUCUGCAAGCAGUGCCGAUGAUAUCACUGCUGAAAAUUUUGAAGGGGCUGAUCCGUGUAUCCUGACUGGCUACCGUGAGAUGCAACCUGUCGAUGAAGGGUGUGGCGGUGAACAAGUGGAAUCCCUGGAGGAGGGGUGCGGGGAAGAAGAGCACAUCCCGAUCGUAGAAAAUCACGAACUGAGCUUUAUGUAUCCAGCAGUACGACGGUUUUCCGUCAACCUACUCGCAAUUUUUGAGGGCACUAUUAUGGUUUUGUCAAUGGAGACUAGAAUAACCCUGGAAAAAUUUUGCGAUGACAUGCGAGAUAUCUUCAAGUUUGGAGGAGACGACGACUUCACCAUGAAAUGGCUAGAUGAAGAAGGUGACCCAUGCACCAUUUCAUGUCAAGAAGAACUUGAUGAAGCAAUAAGAUUAUAUGAGCUAAAUAGGGACUCUGAGCUUGUCAUUCAUUUGUUUAAAGGAAUUCCAGAUGAACCAGGCCGACUCUGUGAUGGGGAAACAACAGUUCAUGUUAUGAUGACUGUACUUUUAAAUGUUGAGUGGAUGGCAGGUAAAAAAUUCAGUGAGCAUCCACCUGGACAAACAAUUCAUUCUUCUCUGCCUCCAAUUGGGGCCAUUGGUACCAAAAUACCCCCAGCAGAGGAAGCACCAGGACCCAAACGAACAAGAAGUGACAGCCCAGCAACUCGUAAGCGUGGUCUUGUCAGUGUAGACUAUUCUCAAGGAUCCAAGGCAAAGGAGGCAUCGUCUGGAAGCAGUUUCUUAAUAUCCAUGAACGACUUCACUCUUCUAAGAGUCAUAGGAAGAGGCAGCUAUGCUAAAGUACUGUUGGUGGAACUAAAGAAAAAUAAAAGAAUUUAUGCCAUGAAAGUUGUGAAGAAAGAGCUUGUUAAUGAUGACGAGGAUAUUGACUGGGUUCAAACAGAGAAACAUGUUUUUGAACAAGCUUCAAAUCACCCUUUUCUGGUUGGACUUCAUUCAUGCUUCCAAACAGCUAGCAGGUUGUUUUUUGUGAUUGAGUUUGUGAGUGGUGGUGAUCUCAUGUAUCACAUGCAAAGACAGCGAAGAUUACCUGAAGACCAUGCAAGGUUUUAUUCUGCUGAAAUAUCCUGUGCCCUCAACUUUUUACAUGAAAGAGGUGUUAUAUAUCGGGAUCUUAAGCUCGACAAUGUGCUACUUGAUUCUGAUGGUCAUGUGAAACUAACAGAUUAUGGAAUGUGUAAAGAAGGUCUCCGUCCUGGCGACACAACAAGCACAUUUUGUGGAACACCAAACUACAUUGCUCCUGAAAUUCUUAGAGGGGAAGAUUAUGGUUACAGCGUAGACUGGUGGGCACUCGGGGUGUUGAUGUUUGAAAUGUUAGCUGGAAGGUCACCCUUUGAUGUUGUCGGGGGUGCAGAAAAUCCAGAUCAAAAUACAGAGGAUUAUCUCUUUCAAGUUAUUCUAGAAAAGCCGAUAAGAAUUCCUAGGUCACUGUCAGUAAAGGCAGCAUCAAUUCUCAAAGGUUUCCUUAACAAGAAUCCCAUUGAGCGUCUAGGUUGUCAUCCUCAGACAGGGUUUGCAGAUAUAACAUCACAUGUAUUUUUCCGGACAGUUGACUGGGAACAGUUGGAAGCACGACAAGUUCCUCCCCCAUUCAAGCCAAGGAUUGAAGACCAGUACGGACUGGAAAACUUUGAUCCGCAGUUUACAAACGAGCCUGUUCAGCUUACUCCUGAUGACCCGAAAAUGCUUGAGACCAUUGAUCAGUCAGAGUUUGAAGGAUUUGAAUACAUUAAUCCUCUAUUAAUGUCCUCAGAAGAGUGUGUAUAAUGUCUCCUGUUCACGAUUGACUACCAUUAAACUAGUUUAAAUUUUAUUAUAAAAACCAAUGCAGUCAUGUUUGACAUUACACUAAGAAUUUCACGAUACAGGUAUAUCCUACCUGCGACUUUACGUUUGGGUUUGGAAACUGACCGUAAUAUGAUAUUGUUGGGGUGUGACCUCUCUUCAGUCGGUAGAUAGUUGCAACCUCGUUCCCAGGGUCUUUUUAUCUUAUCCUGGGGACGAGGUUUAGAUAAUUGUAGUGCAGUGUCAAAAUUAAAAUGAACUAGUUUGUAGUGUUAAAUAAUUUGGUAAGAUCUUAAAACAAUUCAUACUUUCAUGGCGACAAAGUUAAUGCAUAAAUAAUUUAUAUGUAGGGUGUUACUUGUUCUCAGAUAAUAUUAAUAAUAUUUUACUUCAGAUGGGCUAGCUGGUCUUGAUUUUAUACAAGCAUGAAAACAUAAAAUGUAUUUGUUGGCAUUUCUGCUCUUCAACAGAGAUUUACUGUUCAAAACGGCUCGAACUUAUUGAAGCGAUUACAAUGAAUAAGUUUGAUUUGAUAAUAAAAAUAUCUGGUGUUAAGUGAAAUCACUGCUAAAUAAAACAGCUCUAUAUUGCGUUAUGAAAGGAACUAUGUCAAGAAAUCAGUAAGUCAUGUUAAUGAUGUACAAAAUUAGCUCUGGGUGGUAAGAAACUUCAAAGUUUCAGAUCAAUUACCAAAAGGGAAGUAAACAACAAAACGAAAAGGGAACGUGGAUCGCUAAGAAUGAGGGAGAUUGAGGAUUGGGAAAAACGCUAUUUUUUUUCAAAAUUUGCGUAGUCUGCAAAUGUAGAUCCUUUAAAGAUAAAGCUUGUAUGUAGUCAAUGUUACUUGCACUGUUUGAAAUUCACAUUGUAGUAUAUUUAAGCCAGAUUCAUUCAGUUAGGAUUAAUCAUCACCCUAAACCACUGUGCCAGAAACGAUGGCGACUGGUACAUUUGUGUCGUGAUUCUUAAAGGAGCUCAGUCGCGGCAUUUUGAAUUAUUUUGCCACGCACUAAAAUUGCCUUUAAAUUGAAGGAAACCUCAAAUUAGUAGAUUACUAAGAUAGAAAAACACCAAAGAGAUAAUAAUAAACCAUAAAGAAACAUUGAUGGUCAGGGAUGGAUAAGAUUGACACGGAUUAAAAAACUACGAACCUUUAGCUCUUAAAGAUGCACAAACUGUGGCGUAGCUCCUUAAACUGCAAGAAAAUCUAAAAACACUCAUGAAAAUGCACUGAAAAGAUCUAAAUCAAUCAAUCUUUAUUGCACUCACUCUUGCUAAAAAAAAUUGCAAUGUUCAGUGAGAAUACUAAAAGUAUGAAUUGGAGUACUAGCUACCUGGAAAAACCAAAAAGACCUCCAACUCAUGACCAAUCUUGUGAAAAUGUGUCUAUUCGAUUUUUUAAGGAUACAUACACUUGACUCUGUUAUUCGAAUGAGGCGUGCCUUUUGUCAGUAGAAAAAUAUACAGCCAACAUCUUUUUCCGUACAGUGGAUUAAAUGUUUUUAGGUUUAGCAUUAUCAACGGUAGGUAACAACAAAAUUGUUUGUACCACAUCAGUCAUUACAUAAAUUUCUAAUAAAAUAAUAAAUUGUUAGGUUUAAACAAUCCCAAUGCGGCUCAUAAGUAUGGUUUUGUUAAGUAGGUAGGUAGAAUGUUCAAAGGUUUCGAAAUUUAUACACUGUACUUGGAAAUUGCAUUAUACUAUUUUUAUGCUCUAACAUAUUGUAAUAAAUUCAUUUUGGUGGAAUGA